CCGGUGUCUGUGGAGAGAGAAGCCCUAUUGCAUUACCUUUCUCUCCGUCACCCUCCCUCUCUCUCCGCCGCCGCAGCAAUGACCGGACCGGGGCUCUUCUCCAACAUCGGAAAGACGGCCAAAGAUCUGCUGACUAAGGAUUAUACCUCCGAUCAGAAGCUAUCCGUCUCGAGCUCCAGCAUCACUGGAGUGGCACUUACAUCUGCUGCUGUCAGGAACGGAGGGCUUUGUAGUUUUGAUGUUGGUUCACAGUACAAGUAUAAGAACACCCUCAUUGAUGUGAAAGUUGACUCCGAAUCAAAUAUUUCCACCACUGUGGUCAUCUCAGGUAUUUUGCCAUCCACAAAGACCAUUGCUUCAAUUAAGCUACCUGAUUAUAACUCUGGAAAGCUGGAAGUGCAGUAUUUACAUCAUCAUGCAAGUCUUGCAUCGGUAGUGGCUUUGAACAAGUCCCCCUUAAUUGAGCUUUCUGGGACAAUGGGUUCGCAAGGCAUUGCCUUUGGUGCAGAAGCUGGUUUUGAUACUGUCUCAGGAGCUUUUACCAAGUACAGUGCUGGAAUAGGCCUAACAAAGCCAGAGUAUAAUGCUUCUGUGAUUCUGAUGGACAAGGGAGACACUAUGAGAGCUUCUUAUGUGCACCAUUUUGAUGAGUCUCAAAGGAGCUCUACGGUACUUGAGAUUCUCAGAAGGUUCUCCAUAAAUGAGAACACAGUCACCGUUGGAGGACAAUAUGCACUGGAUCCCUGGACAACAGUGAAGGCGAGACUCAACAACUUUGGGAAGUUAGGGGCUCUUCUUCAACACGAGGUGAGGCCAAAAUCAAUGUUAACCAUCUCUGGGGAGUUUGACACCAAGGCCUUGGAAAGAACUCCCAAGUUUGGUCUGGCUCUUGCUCUCAAGCCUUGAUCAUGGUCGCCAAGGUUGAGUGUGUGUGUGCAUUUAUUGGUCAAUCAAUAGGGUUGUGAAAUAAGAUGCUCCACAGGCUUGUAUGCUCUGUUUUUUUUUGUAUUGAAGUUUUGACUACUUCUGUGGAUAACUAAUUUGAUUGUUGAUGUCUCUAGGUUUGUUCUUCCAUUCUUGACAGCAUUUUCACUUGUGUUUAAGAAUCAUUCAAUGCCUCUUGUGUUAUUA